AUGGGACUUCGAACUCGACUGCAAGUUAGUCAAGGUGAUUCCUCGCUGGCGCUGUCCAACAAAGACCUCGAACCUAUACCCCGGGGCUCCCCCAAACGAACAUGGACAUGGCCGUCUCUUCUCGGCUUCUGGAUCGCCGAGGCGUUCAGCAUUAGCAUGUACCAAGUAACCUCCUCUGCUGUAACGAAGGGUCUCAGUCCACCGAUGGCACUGGGAGCCAUGGUUAUCGGACAUGUGCUAGUAUGCAUUCCGGCCAUGUUAGACGCGUAUGUUGGUGCCAUCCAUGGAAUCAACUUUCCCGUAUUCACCCGCAUGAGUUUUGGAAUGAGAGGAAGUUAUUUUGCAGUCUUCGUGCGUGGCAUAGUCGCGGUGAUCUGGUUCGGUACACAGUCGUAUCAAGCAGGCGAAUGUAUAUCAGUGAUGAUCCAAGCCAUCUGGCCAUCCUUCAAGAAUCUUCCAAAUCAUCUGCCGCAGAGUUCACCCGUGACAUCGUCGGAGCUUCUGUGCUUCUUCCUCGCUAUUAUCGCUCAGCUUCCCCUGCUGUAUCUCAAUGUUUCCACUCUACGGUAUUUCUUCCUGGUGAAGACCAUAGUCAUGCCGGUAUUUGGAAUUGUGCUCUUCAGCUGGGCCCUUGCCGCGGCCCACGGAUUUGGUCCCGUAUUCUCGAAGCCAAGUCAUAUCAAGGAUGGAACUCCAGUGGCGGUUGUCUUUCUACAAUGCCUGACAAGCGCAAUCGGUCCGAAAGCAACCCUGGCAUUGAACAUGCCCGAUUUCACUCGAUACGCACGAAGACCCCGUGAAGUCUUCUGGACUCAGGCCGUCGGUCUGAUCAUCCUCGUUUCGUUAUGUGGACUAUUAGGCGCAACGGUCUCGAGUGCUUCGGAGGUGAUCUACGGACAAUUAACCUGGAAUCCACUCCAGGUGGCGCUCCUUUGGAAUAACAGAGCGGCCCAAUUCUUCGCUGCAUUCUGCUGGGCUUUUGCCGCAAUGGGGACGAAUAUUUCGGCAAACAGUGUCUCGUUCUCGAACGAUAUCUCACUGUGGUUCCCGAAAUACAUCGACACGAGACGCGGGGCCUAUAUAUGUGCAUUACUGAGCAUUCUGUCAAUGCCAUGGUACAUACAGCAUUCGGCGGCCUCCUUCUCGGCAUUUCUGGGCGGCUACUCACUCUUCCUUGGUGCGAUCGCUGGCGUAAUUAUCGCGGACUUUUGGAUCUGCCGCCGUCGAAGCAUUAGGAUCCGUUCGUUAUACGAGAUGCAGGGAACGCAUUACUUUACUGCGGGAUUCAACCUGCGGGCUUUUAUCGCCUUCAUCUGUGGGAUAGUGCCAAAUAUGCCCGGCCUAGCGGCGGUGUGUGGGCAAACUGGGAUUCCCAAAGGUGCCUCUUAUCUGUACUCCUUGAGUUGGCUGAUCAAACCCUUCAAGGUGGACGAGGAAGAGGCAGAGUUUCAGUUGCCUAUCGAUGGAGUCGAGGCAGAAAUGGUCAUGAAUGAAGAGAACUCACAUGUGAUUCUGAAAGACAAAUCAUAG